AUGGAGAAAAUCACGAAGUUGGAGGCUGAUUUACAAUUUGAAAGGAUCAAAACAGUCGAAAUCGCGAAGUUGCAGGCAGAUUUAAAUCGACCGAUGACUUUCUCGGAUCUGGAUGGAUGGUCGUAUUUGGCAAAAACCGCUUCUUGGUACAAGGCUUUCGAUCAAGAAAUGACAUUCGAUGAAGCCGAGGCAUAUUGUACGAGUCGAAAGAUCCAUUUAGUCUCAAUUCACAGUCAGGAAGAGAACGAUUUUGUUCAGGAACUCGCGGAAACUGUUCGUUCGGAUUCUUUGUUCUGGAUCGGACUGAAGGAAAAUCCGAACAAAGGAAAUGCUUUUGAAUGGACGGAUGGAAGUUCGGUGGUUUUCAGGAAUUGGCAUCUUGGACAACCGGAUUCGUACGCCCACGCUUUGCUUGAUAGCUACGAUGGGGAAUGGUGGUCCGCUUCUCUUACCUCUCAGUGGCGUUUUAUCUGCAAAACCAGCUCUCAAUUC